UUUUCAGCUGAUAUUUCCGGCGAUGUGAUCCUGGUGUUUUUGCCUCUGCGACUCUUAUGGCGCACGCGUCUUCAAGUUCAUCUCCGCGUCCUUACCCGCACCGUUUUUGCUAUGAGCAUAUUGAGCUCUGCUGUAAGCAUCGCGCAUACGGUUUUUCUUAUCCCUACGGCAUCGUUUGCAUCAGCUCUUACGGUCGAGCUACAGGUGUACAGCGCCAUUGUGCAGCUGUGCGUUUCUCUGAUCGUAUGCAACCUACUCGUCAUUGUAACAUUUGUGUACCGCUACUUAUGGGGUAGUGACAUCGAAGAGACUCUAUCGAGUACGCAGUUGAGCGUUCUGACCACGAUCGACCUCGAGUCCUCGAUCUCUUGGCCGGAAACACCUCCGCCUGAAGAUAUCUGUACGCGGUCAUAUGAUAAUCGCUUUGAAGUGAAGUAG